AUGAUAAAGCAAAACAAUUCUACCUCGCAUCAAGCGGCCGACAACCUGUCGCAUGAAAGCUUCUUCGACUUAAGCUACGAUUCUUGUUUAAUUGUUCUUAGCUUUUUGAUUAUCGCCAUUAACAUCUUGGUUCUUGUACUUUUUGUGCGAAGAAGACCUCUGCGCACCAAGACUAACUUACUUCUUGUAAGCCUGAGUGUGUCUGAUCUUAUGAUGGGUCUGUUAGGAAUACCGAUGAACACAGCAUGUAACGCACUUGUCGGAUAUCAGAGUUUCUCCGGGCUUUGCAUUUCCGCGGCAGCAGUUUACAGAUUCAUCGCAGUGUCAACAAUCUACCAUAUUCUGAUCAUCACAGCGGAAAGGUAUGUGUCAGUGAUAUUCCCGUUCAACUACAUGAUGAUGAUCACCAAGAGGAGAAUUCUGACCCUUAUUAGCGCUGUAUGGAUAUUUUCUCUCUUCAUGGCGCUCAUACAACUCGCUUGGCAGGAAUUCGAUGACUUCACCUCCCUCAAUCCGACCAAGCUACGAUGGGGCCUCAUCUAUAAUAUCAUUGGAGUGGUGCUGUGUCUGUUGGUACCCCUAGCGCUUAUGCUGUUUUUCUACGCGCGAAUGUUCUGCGUAAUUCGUCACCAGGCUCAGCAGAUCCGAAAAAUAAACCACCUUCACGAGUCGUGUGGCGGUGGCAGCACGCGGGGCAAACAUUUGGUCGCUGAAAAACGCGCCAUCACAAUCUUCGCUCUGAUGCUUGGUAUAUUUACAUGCUGUUGGUCCACAUGGUACUUAAUGUUAUUCCAGGAGUACCUCAGUCAGGACGUUUUCUAUGCACUGCCACUGGAUUGGCUCUUAGUUUUCGACUUUUUGCGUUUCUCCACCUCAUUUAUAAACCCAAUGUUGUACACCUUUUUAAAACAAGACUUUCGCACCGAAUUGUACAUGAUGAUUCCGUGUUACAGUAAAAGAAGCUACGCGCGUCAAGAUCAAAUAACUUUGAAUUCCAUGGUUUGA